CACAGCCGCGUCACCGGAAUAAUUUCCUGUGGAUUCAACGUUCGCAACGCGGCGGAAGUUUUUGUAAUCAUUGCACUUCUCUCCGAGGAAGAAGACACUCCGUUAGGAUUACGUUUUGAUUAAACAAACAUGAAUUUCAAAGUUCGGACUGCAACGAAAGAAGACUGCAAAGAAAUAUCGAGGAUGAUAAUGGAGUUGGCGGUUUUUGAGAAAAUGCCAGACCAAGUGAAGAUAUCUCAUGAAGAACUGGAGCGGGACGGUUUUGGCCAGAAUCCCUUCUUUGAAUGCCUCGUUGCAGAAGUGCCCAAGGAGCAUAAAUCUAAAGAAGGAUUCACAGUCAUUGGAUAUGCCCUUUACUUCUACACUUACAGCACAUGGAAGGGGCGGGCAGUAUAUUUGGAGGAUCUGUACGUGAUGCCAGACUUCAGAGGAAAGGGCAUUGGCAAGGGUUUACUGAGCAAAGUCGCUGCUGUGGGGAAGCAGAAGCAGUGUGUGCGGCUGCAGCUGUCUGUGUUGGACUGGAACACGCCCAGUCGGGACUUCUACGCUGCUAAAGGAGCUCAGGACCUCACCGCCAGCGAAGGUUGGCACUUUAUACGCUUUGACGGACAAAACCUGGACAAUUUAGCAAACGAAGCUCCAAAAGAUUAGACGUUUGCCAACGAAAAUAUGUGUCUUACUGUGAAAAAAUGUGGCUGGUUUGUUUUCUUUUCGUGUUCAGUGGCAAAAUAAGUUGUGAUUGGUUGUGUCUUCUGAUGCUUUUUGCUCUUUUUACGUUUACAGCACAAUCAUGGCUAUAAGUGGGAACAACUCAAACAUUUAUUUUGUGCAGAAUAACACUGUUAUAAUGUCAUGCGUCAUUGAAAAAUAAAAAAACUCAAGUUGAA